CCUAGCGCCGGGGCAAUGGCGGCGCAGUGCUGCUGCCGCAAGGCGCCCGGCGCCGAGGCCGCGCCCGCCCGCCCGCCGCCCGAGCCGCCGCCCGCCCUGGACGUGGCCUCGGCCUCCAGCGCGCAGCUCUUCCGCCUCCGCCACCUGCAGCUGGGCCUGGAGCUGCGGCCCGAGGCGCGCGAGCUGGCCGGGUGCCUGGUGCUGGAGCUGUGCGCCCUGCAGCCCGCGCCCCGCGCGCUCGUGCUCGACGCGCACCCGGCCCUGCGCCUGCACUCGGCCGCGUUCCGCCGCGCCCCCGCCGCCGCCGAGACGCCCUGCGCCUUCGCCUUCCCCGCCCCCGGGCCGGAGCCCCCGCGGCCCGCCUUCCCCGAGGCACCCGGCGCCGAGCCCGCCUGCUGCCCGCUGGCCUUCAGGGUGGACCCGUUCACCGACUAUGGCUCCUCGCUCACCGUCACGCUGCCCCCGGAGCUGCAGGCGCACCAGCCCUUCCAGGUCAUCCUGCGCUACACCUCGACGGACGCGCCCGCUAUCUGGUGGCUGGACCCGGAGCUGACGUACGGCAACGCCAAGCCCUUCGUGUUCACGCAGGGCCACUCCGUGUGCAACCGCUCCUUCUUCCCCUGCUUCGACACGCCUGCCGUCAAGUGCACCUACUCCGCCGUGGUCAAGGCCCCGUCGGGCGUGCAGGUGCUGAUGAGCGCCACCCGGAGCUCGUACGAGCAGGAGGAGGGCGUCUACCGCUUCCACAUGGAGCACCCCGUGCCCGCCUACCUCGUGGCCCUCGUGGCCGGAGACCUCAAGCCAGCGGACAUCGGGCCUAGGAGCCGCGUGUGGGCCGAGCCGUGCCUCCUGCCCACGGCCACCAGCAAGCUGUCGGGCGCGGUGGAGCAGUGGCUGAGCGCCGCCGAGCGGCUCUACGGGCCCUACAUGUGGGGCAGGUACGACAUCGUCUUCCUGCCCCCCGCCUUCCCCAUCGUGGCCAUGGAGAACCCCUGCCUCACCUUCAUCAUCUCGUCCAUCCUGGAGAGCGACGAGUUCCUGGUGAUCGACGUCAUCCACGAGGUGGCCCACAGCUGGUUCGGCAACGCCGUCACCAACGCCACGUGGGAGGAGAUGUGGCUGAGCGAGGGCCUGGCCACCUACGCGCAGCGCCGCAUCACCACCGAGACCUACGGUGCUGCCUUCACCUGUCUGGAGACUGCCUUCCGCCUGGACGCCCUGCACAGGCAGAUGAAGCUACUGGGAGAGGACAGCCCGGUCAGCAAGCUGCAGGUCAAGCUGGAGCCAGGAGUGAACCCCAGCCACCUGAUGAACCUGUUCACCUACGAGAAGGGCUACUGCUUCGUCUACUACCUGUCCCAGCUCUGCGGAGACCCCCAGCGCUUCGACGGCUUCCUGCGGGCCUACGUGGACAAGUACAAGUUCACCAGCGUCGUGGCCCAGGACCUGCUCGACUCCUUCCUGAGCUUCUUCCCGGAGCUGAAGGAGCAGAGCGUGGACUGCCGGGCGGGGCUGGAGUUCGAACGCUGGCUCAACGCCACGGGCCCGCCGCUGGCCGAGCCGGACCUGUCUCAGGGAUCCAGCCUGACCCGGCCCGUGGAGGCCCUGUUCCAGCUGUGGACCGCAGAGCCGCUGGACCAGGCUGCCGCCUCCGCCAGUGCCAUCGACAUCUCCAAGUGGAGGACGUUCCAGACCGCCCUGUUCCUGGACCGGCUCCUGGAUGGGUCCCCGCUGCCCCAGGAGGUGGUGACCAGCCUGGCCCAGUGCUACUCCUCCCUGCUGGACUCCAUGAACGCCGAGAUCCGCAUCCGCUGGCUGCAGAUCGUCGUGCGCAACGACUACUACCCCGACCUCCACAGGGUCCGGCGCUUCUUGGAGAGCCAGAUGUCACGCAUGUACACCAUCCCGUUGUACGAGGACCUGUGUACCGGCACCCUCAAGUCCUUCGCGCUGGACGUCUUCUACCAGACACAGGGCCGGCUGCACCCCAACCUGCGCCGGACCAUCCAGCAGAUCCUGUCCCAGGGCCUAGGCCCCAGCGCCGAGCCCGGCUCCCAGCCCGGCAAGGAGCCGGCCUCGGCCCCGCCGGCCCUGCUGCUGGGGGAGGAGGCCCCCGGCGGCGCCCUCGCUCUCAGGGACGUGGACGUGUCUGCCUAGCCCCCGCCCCUCCGACGACACGACUGUGCCUUCCGUGGUCCGGGCCGCCGUGACUGUGCCUUGGCUCUGGCCAGGAGCUCUGCCCGGGCCCUUGAGCCCCUGUCGUGGGCUCCCCCGGGCUGGGGUGUAGGGACGGGCGGGGGCCUCCUCACGUUCGGCAGAGGCCCGCAGACCCGGCCAGCCCCUCCCAGGUUUCUUGCACUGCAGGCCCCAGGCCGGCCAGCACACACCACGCCUCCGUCUCAACACUGACAACGUGCCACGCCCGGACACCAGCACCUGCCGGGCGCUGCCCCAGGAGCCACAGCGCCCACUCCCCACGGCCACCACCACACUGUGCCUUACGUCUGCCGGGAGCCCCAGCCUGCACUGUCCCCAUGGAGCCCCACCCCUGCCCCCGCCAGCCCCUGGCAGAGGGACGAGGACACAGGCGUCCCCUCGGUGUGGGCAGGGGCUGCCAGCAGUGGGUGGAUGUCCCCUCCAGGGCCCGGGGGGAGGUAGAGCCUGGACGGCUGUGGAUGGCUGUCGGCCUGGGAGGCACGGGGUCUCCAGCCUGGGGCCGCUGCAUGGGGGUCUCAGUGGUCAUCCCAUUAAACCUCCACCCUGCAGACCUGACCUGCCUUCCUGUCUGUCCCUCCUCUUCCUG